GACAGCAUCAUAACCAAGUUCAACUCGGUGCGCAAGAUGAAGAAGGAACCAGAGGAGAACGAGAAGGCCGUCUUCGUCGUCGAAAUCGCCCUGAGGUCUCCGGAGGCACACCGCGAGCAGGAGCUGUUGACUCAGCUAGCCAAUUGCACGGUGUGGAACCUA